GCUAAAAAGCCACCACCGCCGACACGGGUCGUGUGAAAGCUGCCACUGCCGACGCCGCCGCCGCCGUAGGUAUAGUGCCCGCGAAACGUGCCAACGGAUAAUAAAAAUAAUAUCGUAAUAUUCACGAUCGGAGUCGCGAACGCCCCCCCCUCCCCCACCCACCCCCACCGCAACGAUGAUCGCGAAAAAGUGACACCCGGACGAGCGCGGUUUGCAGUUUUUCGAUUUUUUCCCCGUUGUUUCGGGCGGUCGGCGUUAUACCAUUACCACGCUUAACGUGCGGUAACCGCGGUCGUCGCGUUUUCGGUGAUUGGUGCGAUGUGUAAUUAUUAUUAUUGUAUCGUCGGGCAUUGACGAUUCCGGCUGGACCUGCGGCACAUCCAUACAGCGGUAAGACGCCAGCGGACGACCAACUCGGACCGCACAACUAUAAUAAUAUUAUUACAGUCGACUACUCGGGAGAUCCGAGAUCGCGAUGCUUAUCAGUGGUACUUUAGCUGUCCAAUUGAAUUUAUAAACCUUGGCGAAUGACCUUCGUACGUUUCAGGGAAAUGGUACCAAAUUUGUUCUUAGUUGCGCUGUUUAUCAAUGUUCCCGAUUUAUGGGCCUCAGACAGACGGCACAGUCGCCACGCAUCGGUCGGCGGGGGCAUGACGAACCAACUCGACCCGAGAAACACGGCUGCAAUAAAUACCACUGCUUCUAGGAAGUUCUUGCAGGAGUUCCUACAGGAUAUCCCACCACCAAUUAUCGGGCCGGUGUUCGACAAAACGGUGCCGAAUAACGUGACCGGGUUAGUUGGUAGAACCGCGUACUUACAUUGCAGAGUCAAGAACCUGGGCAAUCGAACCGUAUCGUGGAUACGACAUCGGGACAUACAUCUUCUCACUGCGGGGAGGUACACAUAUACAAGUGACCAACGGUUCGAAGCCAUUCAUGAACCGCAUUCAGAAAACUGGUCGUUAAGGAUAAAAUAUCCGCAAAAAAAAGAUUCUGGUAUAUAUGAAUGCCAGAUAAGUACAACUCCGCCCAUAGGUCAUCCUGUAUACUUAACUGUGUUAGAUAAAUUUGCAUGUGACGAUAUAACCUGGUCUCGUGGGAUGAAGUAAAAAAUGCGAUGCG